GGAAUAGCAUUUAAUAUUGACUGGCAGAGUUAUAUUACCUCUAUUUAUUAAAAUGCAAUGCACGUUUUGGAGUAAAAAGCCAUUUAAGAAAAAAAAAGUAAUCGCUAAGAAACAAGGGCAUGGGUUAGGGCGCCAUCUCUUCUAAAAGAUCCAAAGCCAACUCAAACACAGACUCUCUAACAUUUUAAUAGACAUACCAUUACGCUGUACAUUUCCUAUGUCAAUCCCCACUGUAUGUGUCUCUUUGUGUUUGUGUGAGUGGACCUAUGUGCGUCUGUGGAUGUAUGUCACUUAAAUAUAUGGAUUUUUAAAGUCUUCCUCUGCAUUCAUAAUUAAAUAGUAAUCCAGGUUUAGAAAGAGCACUCACCAUACAUACACUCAGAUGAACCCAAAUCAGGCUCUCUCGUGUGUGUGUGUCUGAGUGUGUGUGUGUGUGUGUGUGUGUGUGUGUGUGUGUGUGUGUGUGUGUGUGUGUGUGUGUGUGUGUGUGUGUGUGUGUGUGUGUGUGUAGGGGGGGAGUUGUGGGCUAACCAAGCAACUAGGAUUUUAAUAAGCAUAUCAUCCUCAUAUUGCUGCAGAGAAGAGACAUAUUUCUAAAAAAAAAAACAAUGAAACACACUUGUAGUCCCAAACUAUAGGCCCUGCAUAUAAAUAUCAUAAACAUGCCACGGUUGUGUUUUCAACUGUGGCGUCCCAAUGCUAAAGUUUCAAUCGAGCCACAUUUGGUCUUCAUGGCGUAUUAUUGAAUUGUCCUAAUUCCAUUUGACUUCUUUUCUAAUGCGGAGGCAAAGUGGCCAGCAGUCUGAUGGUCACACGUUUAGGAGCUACAAUGGACAGCUCAGGGCGGGGGUUUCACCUGAUGGGCCCAAUUAGUAUGCCCGUCCUUUGGGUGCGCAACCACAGAGCCACGUCAGGCCUGUAGACGCUGCUCGUCUUCUCCUGCCUCUCCAAGGUUAGAGACAGGCCCGCCCGAGCAGCUGGAAACACUCGGAGGAGCAGACACUGGGAGCCGAUAGAGACCGCCAUAGCGGGGAUUACGUGUUUGUUGUUGUGACGUUCCGGUUUUCUCCGGCCACAGAAGCUGAACACACGCCUGUGCGCUGCGAGACUGUCGGCGCCAUUGCGUCUCUGUCAGAAGGUUGUGCGGCUAAAAAAAAAAGAAGAAAAAAAAUAUUUUUUUUAUUUUUAUUGUUGCUUAAUGGAAACGCGCAAUCAUUAAAAAAAAUGGUUGCAUUUGGAGAACGUCCGUGAGUGCGCGAUCGUCUCCUUCCGACAUCGGUGCGUCAGAGAAGACACCUCAGCUAGCUGGACUCCGGGUUGGAUGUGAAGUCUUCCCUGUGUGCACCGUGUGCUGCUGGAUUGAAGGUGACUUGCGUCCCGUCGCAGUCGAGGCAAUGCGCAGAGGAGUCGCAGGCGCUCAUCCGGUACUUUUUCUGGACUCCGAGGCUCGUCUGGGAAAAUAUUUGCUCCGUCUCUCACACUCGAGGGGGGGGGGGGGGGGGGGGGGGGAACGUGAGAGACAGACAGAGCAAAGACAAUAAUCGGGGUUUCAGCCCAGCCAGUAGUUGGCUGAGGUGGAUUGAGCGUGUAAGUGUAUAAGCGGAGGAGAGAAUAAGGUGAACAGUAAGGUGCAGGGUGGUGAGGCAGGAAGGAGGAACGUGGUGGAGUUUUGGUGGGGUAAUAACACAACACCGUUCUUUAUUAGGGCUGUUUUAUUAGUGGAUGUGUAUGCAUGAGUUCUGCAUCGAAUGGGCGCAAAAACCGCCCCAGAUCCGCCGGGAACAUCUUCCAGAUUGGCAAGCCUCCUUGCCGAGACCCACAGAGGAGGGAGAGCACCGAAAGUACCCGCAAAGCCCAGCGCGCCGUGGCCGACUGCAGAAUGAUCGUCCAAGAAUUCAAUACGCUUGUGGCUCUGUACCGUGAGCUGGUCAUCUCCAUUGGCGAAAUCACCGUGGAUUGUCCUACUUUACGGGCCGAAAUGCUGAAGACCCGAACUAAAGGCUGCGAAAUGGCGAGAGCGGCGCACCACAGUCUCUCCUUGAUAUCGGGGCCAGAGGACGGGGAGAUCCACCCUGAGAUCUGUCGGCUCUUCAUCCAGCUGCAGUGCUGCCUGGAGAUGUACAUCACUGAGAUGCUCAAAUCUGUCUGCUUGCUGGGCUCCCUGCAGCUUCACAGGAAAGGUAAGGAUUCCUGUGGCCCUCCCGGGGUCGAAAGUAAGACGGAGGAGAGCUCAGACAUCCCCAUCCUGGAGGACACCUCUUCUUCCCCCACUGACUGCCCUCAGCUCUACUGGCUGGUGGCCGCUGAUAUAGAAAACAUAGAAAAGGAUAUGAGGGAGAUGAAGAACCUUCUCAGUAAACUCAGGGAGACAAUGCCUUUACCAUUGAAGAACCAAGAUGACAGCAGUUUGCUGAACCUGACUCCCUACCCACUGGUCCGACAGAGGAAGAGGCGUUUCUUUGGGCUCUGUUGCCUGGUAACCAGCUAAGGGCCUCGCCUUCGUGGGUAGGAGGCGGCAACGAAGACACCAUUACCCACUGUCCUUCACCACUUGUGUCUCCCACCAAUCUAUUACUGCCAUUUUCAAAUAAAUUGUCUCCUUCUCUUUUUUUUAAAGGCUGCCCAUUUUAUAAUUUUAUUUUGUAAUACAAAGAAGAAUUGUAACUGAAAUGUAAUGAAAACAAAAGUCAUGAACAUAUAUUUUAAGAUAUUUUGCAAACAAACUCUCCCUUUUUUUGGUAAAUGAGGUCAGAUAUCAUCUGAUUGUCCAAUGUGAAAGAGAAUGAGAGGUCAUAUGAAAUAGUUUCAAUUUUCAUUUACUUCCGCAAACCUGAGUGAAUGAAAUGAUGAUUCAUGUAAAAAAAAAAAAAAGGGAAUGUAAUUGUCAGUUUUUGUCAGAAAUAAUGUGUUAACUUAUGAAUAGAAGCCAUUUCAGGAUGGCACUUGCAAAGACAAAGUUAUAUCUUCGUAUGUCUAAGCUCAGAUGAGAGGUUUGUGCAGAGUUUGUUGUGUAUAACAGUAUCUGUUUUCUGUUUCUUGCUGUUUUUUCUUCUUAAUGUACUUAAUUUAGUCUUCCAUAAACCAAGUACCUGUAUCCAACUUUAACUUUCCAGCUUCAAAAUGGAAUAUAUGAUACAAUACUCAAAAUGAAAACUUCUUUGCACACAAUAUCUAUCUAUAAAUUGAGACAUUAGACUUGUAUAUACACAUACUCUUUACGCAAUGCUCUCUGAAUUAUUUUCAAAGAUGGAGAUGGUUAGUAAAUAAUCAGUUUGUUGGUGUAAACUGGGAGGGUAGUCAAAUGCAGACAGAGGCCAGGCAGCAUGGGUCUUGCUUAUUAAUGAUAGUGAUACAUGUUUAUGGCACGGUGAAGGUACAGUAGUCGAAGCUGAUAUAGGUCAUUUUACAUUGUUAAUAAAACUUUUGUUAUUGAAACU